GGAGGAGCUGAAAAUGCAGAUUUAGCAUCAAGUACAGACAUACACUCGUUCUUUCUCUCCAAUACACACAGCUCCCACAUUUGCACCCCUGUCAGCGAGCCGGGCCACCGGACUGCACGGCGUCCCCGCCAGCCAGAUGGUGGGGAAGAACACACACUGAAUUUGCUGCUUUCGAAGCCCCUAUUCAGUCAAUUUCUCUAUACAAAAUUUUAAAAAAAAAAACAAAACUAUUUUUUUUAUUUGCACCUUCCCUCCGGGUCCCCUGUUCCGCCAGCCUGUGCGCCUCCUAGCACCACUUUUCACUCCCAAAGAAGCAUGAAGGGAGGUUGUGGCUCCCAGUGGAAGGUGGCUUCUGGGCUCCUCUUCUGUGUCAUGGUUUUUGCAUCUGCCGAAAGACCGGUCUUCACGAAUCAUUUUCUUGUGGAGUUGCAUAAAGGGGGAGAGGAAGAAGCUCGCCAAGUUGCAGCAGAACACGGCUUUGGAGUCCGAAAGCUUCCCUUCGCUGAAGGCCUAUACCACUUUUAUCACAAUGGCCUUGCAAAGGCCAAGAGAAGACGCAGCCUGCACCACAAGCAGCAGCUGGAACAAGACCCCAGGGUUAAGAUGGCCUUGCAGCAGGAAGGAUUUGAUCGAAAAAAGCGAGGGUACAGAGACAUCAACGAGAUCGACAUCAAUAUGAACGACCCUCUUUUUACGAAGCAAUGGUAUCUGAUCAAUACCGGCCAGGCUGAUGGCACUCCUGGCCUUGAUUUGAAUGUGGCAGAAGCCUGGGAGCUGGGAUACACAGGGAAAGGUGUGACCAUCGGAAUCAUGGAUGACGGGAUUGACUAUCUCCACCCAGACCUGGCCUCCAACUAUAACGCGGAAGCAAGCUACGACUUCAGCAGCAACGACCCCUAUCCUUACCCUCGGUACACAGACGACUGGUUUAACAGCCAUGGGACCCGGUGUGCCGGAGAAGUUUCUGCUGCAGCCAACAACAACAUCUGCGGGGUGGGAGUAGCGUACAACUCCAAGGUCGCAGGCAUCCGGAUGCUGGACCAGCCAUUCAUGACAGACAUCAUCGAGGCCUCAUCCAUCAGCCACAUGCCGCAGCUCAUCGACAUCUACAGCGCCAGCUGGGGCCCCACAGACAACGGGAAGACGGUGGACGGGCCCAGAGAGCUCACGCUGCAGGCAAUGGCUGACGGUGUGAACAAGGGCCGUGGGGGCAAAGGCAGCAUCUAUGUCUGGGCCUCUGGGGAUGGGGGCAGCUAUGACGACUGCAACUGUGAUGGCUACGCCUCAAGCAUGUGGACCAUCUCCAUCAACUCAGCCAUCAAUGACGGCAGGACGGCCCUGUAUGACGAGAGCUGCUCCUCCACCUUGGCCUCCACCUUCAGCAAUGGCAGGAAGAGGAAUCCUGAGGCGGGAGUGGCGACCACAGACUUGUAUGGCAACUGCACGCUGAGGCAUUCUGGGACAUCCGCGGCUGCUCCCGAGGCUGCUGGCGUAUUUGCACUGGCUCUAGAGGCUAACCUGGCUCUGACCUGGCGGGACAUGCAGCAUCUGACUGUGCUCACCUCCAAGCGGAACCAGCUCCACGACGAGGUCCAUCAGUGGCGGCGGAACGGGGUCGGCCUGGAGUUCAACCACCUCUUUGGCUACGGGGUUCUUGAUGCAGGUGCCAUGGUGAAGAUGGCUAAAGACUGGAAAACCGUGCCCGAGAGAUUCCACUGUGUGGGCGGCUCUGUGCAGGACCCUGAGAAAAUACCAUCCACUGGCAAGCUGGUGCUGACCCUCACCACUGAUGCAUGCGAGGGGAAAGAAAAUUUCGUCCGCUACCUGGAGCAUGUCCAAGCUGUCAUCACGGUCAAUGCCACCAGGAGAGGAGACCUGAACAUCAAUAUGACUUCCCCUAUGGGCACCAAGUCCAUUUUGCUGAGCCGGCGGCCAAGGGAUGAUGACUCCAAAGUGGGCUUUGACAAGUGGCCUUUCAUGACCACCCAUACUUGGGGAGAAGAUGCCCGAGGAACCUGGACCCUAGAGCUAGGGUUUGUGGGCAGUGCACCCCAGAAGGGGGUGCUGAAGGAGUGGACCCUGAUGCUACAUGGAACACAGAGUGCCCCUUACAUUGACCAGGUCGUGAGGGAUUACCAGUCCAAGUUGGCCAUGUCCAAGAAGGAGGAGCUGGAGGAAGAACUGGACGAAGCUGUGGAGAGAAGCCUGAAAAGCAUCCUAAGCAAGAACUAGAGUUGCACAUUCACUCCACCACCUCCCUCUCUCCCCCGUCUCUGCCUCUGUCCUCACUUCACGUUUCCAGCAGGCACCUAGCAAUUACUGUCGCCCACACAAGUGAUUCCGUCUUCUUGAUCUGAAGCUUUGCUCACUGUCAAUGAUUAUUUUCAUGAUGAUAGAAGCAAUCUUUUUAUUCUAUGCCCCAAAUAUAAUGUUUUAACCAACAUGUAUGUCCUACGUGUGACCCCACAUUCUUUAUUUCUGUCAUUCAAACUAGUGAGAUCCCACCAACCAAACUGGGACAACUUUCCCCUCAAUGUGUUUCUAUCUGAGAUGAAAAAAGGAUGCAUUUGAAAAGCACCAUGCAGUGACUCCAGGAAUGUCUCUCCAGGAUCUCAACUGAGAAGCUGGUCAUCACCCAAGAAAAUCAAUGCUGAUGCCAAAGGGUGAACUCAGCACCGCUUAAAGUACAAGAGAUACUGUCACUGCUUUGGGGAAAGAUGUUUGAAUUUAGCAAGAGUUGUCAGGGGCUUAGAUUAAAGUGACAUAAUUUGGAAGAUGGCAAUAGAGAGCCCUAGUUACUGAAUGGGAAAAAGGAGUUUCAAAAUAUGAGCAUCGGAAAUUUUACCUCCAACACCGCCACGACUCUAAUUCACCCUACUCAGCGAGUGUGAUGAGUACAGUAUAAACCUAAGUAGCUUGGCCGUUUUUUCACCAGCUGCUGCUCUGAGUGAAGGUCAAACGUGCUAGUGCAACCCAAAUUUCUCUGUUUGUAUAGUGUUCAUCCCAGUAUUAAUUUUCUGGGGUUACUCACAUAGCUAUCCAAAAAGAAAAAUAAUAAUAAUAAGACAACUUUGGUACCGUGUUUGAUGAAGAAGAGUUUACUAGUUUUUGAACCAGAAAUGUUCCUUUUCCUAAAUCACACUGAGGUUUCUUCAUCUAAGAUAAGUGAGUAUUUUAUCUGAUGUGAGGUGAGUAGUUCUUCGAUAACUUUACACAGAUAGGCUUAAGCUUUGGUUUCCAAAGGAUAUAGUUGGAGAGAAAUAUCUCCCUCCCCCAUGUUCAUUGAUGAGUUGGGGAAACGCCUUUGUUCUGGAAGAGGCAUGUGAGGGAUGAAGGAGUGUAUUUGAAGAUAUGAGUGGUCCUCUUCCCAUGGGCCACCCUCUUCACGGAGCCUCUUCUGCCAAGGAAGGGACAUGCCAGCGUUGGAAGGGAGAAGACCUGUAUUAGGAAGCACAUAGUUACCAUCUUGGCAGCUCCGUAAUCCAUAAGGACACUUACCAUGCACCAUGACGGUUAUAGCUGUCAACCCCAAAAAGACACCAUUUCAUUACCAAAUAGACAUGACUUUUUGUCACUUUGUUUUCCUACCCAAGGUUUGGCUUCUCAUCCCCAAACUCAACCAUUCCCAAGAAACAAUUUGUUCUUAACCACUCCUGGCUCUACUCACCCUUUCCGUGGGAGCACAUAGCUUAUCCUGGAGUUCUUUUGCUUAAAGCCAGCAACACAAGAACGCCAGGUUCCAUUCCCUGGAGGUGGCAACUUAGAGGGAGAAGUCUGGAAACUCCAUUUUCUUUCUCUUCUCUCCCAUAUUGGCAUGACUUUCUGUCUUCUUUAACAUAUUGUGACCUUCUCUAUAUCAUGCUUUAAAGUGUAAUAAUAUAAUUUUGUAAAAGAAAUUUAUUACUUGUUGCAAAGAUCUUUUUAAUCCAGUUUAGAUUUAAAGAAAAAAAUAAAUGGAAAUCAUUGAAAAUUCAUUUCACAUUAAUGGUCUGAAAAUAAACCAAAGGAUAUUAUGUGUGCAUGUGUGUAUAAGUGCACACAGAGAUAUAUAUAUACAUAUGUAGACUAUAUAUACAUGUGUGUAU